AGCUCCUCAGCACCCGGCUUUCACCAUCCUUGACGCUUCACGUCCUCCCGUCAACCAGAGUGCCUCGGGUCUGGACAUCCCGGCGGAAAUAUGUCGACGCUCGUCGCCGAAAAUAACCAACCGAAGUGCAAUACUUUCUCCACAAACGGCGCCUCCGCCGGAAAUCGGACGCGCCAGGAAAAUGGAAAACCCCAACCAGGUCGACAUGUACGCCACCAGAUGAACCUCUGAUCCACUAACUCAACUUCUAAUCCAACAGGUCAACGUUUGAUCCACCAGGUUGACUUCCGAAACUUUAAAGAAUCUUUGGGUGUCUAAAAUACUUAUAAACUUCUAAAAAAUUCAAGAAACACUAUGUCCUUGUGUCCAGGUCGAGUCUAGGAUCUAUGAGGCUCCCACCUCAAUGACAGAUUAACCUUGAUGCCGGCCUCCCAAUUGCUAACGACCCACGUUACAACACUGCCUGCAUUUUCAGACGUCUUUCGAAGUUGAGGGCGCUACCGCAAGCUCUCUCCGUUUGGAAGUUCGCCAGCAAUGUCAGUUUAGUUGGGCUGCCCUCGUCGACAUCUCCUCGUGAUUCGUGACCUCCUAGGCUCAAGUUUGUGCUCGGAAACGGAAGUGAAGAUCAGCCAUGUGGUUUCUAGUUGGUCAUUAAAACGGGAAAAAAUUUCGGCUAGUGAUUUGUGAAAUUGUGCUUCAAAGAAUCAGAAAGUUUAGGAAAGUUAGGAUGGGCUAAUAUGUCAGUUUUUAAAUCUCCUCUAAAAUCCUAUAUCUGAUCAAGAAUAAUCUGUUCUAUAUUUGUUACUGCAAUAUCAAUUCAAAGGAAUCUGCACACACGUUGUCAGUACUCAAGAAUAGAAGAUAAUGGAUAAUCGAAGUGCUACUUUCAAACGUAAACAAAUAAUAAAAUUAGUCUAUUAAUGAAAUGCUUCAUGGAUAGUGCAGUUCUAAAUGGAGAUGAAUCUUCCAAAAGAUGAAGCCCAGGGCCUUCGAAAAUCUGAAGGAUUUAAAAGCCUCUCUCAAUCUGAGAAAUUUAGAAAAAAAGCAAAACCCAAUAAGAGAAGAAGAUGUCGAGAUACGAUGAUUGAUCAAGAGAAGCUACCAACUCCACCUCCAGAUCCAACGGUGACAAAUGUCUUUGAUGAGGCCUUUGUCAAGCACAAAGAGACUGAAACCCUAAAAAAAGAAUUAAAUAAUGAUUUUCAGGAUUAUCUUGAGAAUAGACGUCCUUCGAACGACAGUCAUCCUGGUUCCAUAUCGAGAACAGCGGCUGCUUUUGCGGCUAAUUUUGCUGAUACCGAGGAAGCCUUUGAUCAUCUGGAAAAGCUCGUUCUGUUGAUGGAGCAGGUGAUUAAUCUUCGGGAUCGGAAUUCUAAGAUGUUUAGACGAGUGAGGGAACUGGAGAGGAUCAAGGCUUUGAGAAACGCUGAUUGGGAAGUUGAAAGAGUUCUUCUUAGUGGAGAAGAUAUUGUGUUACCGGAAGAGGAUGUUGGAUUUGCUGAUUCCCUUUUGGAAGCAAUGAUUUCUAGUGGAGCAGAAGUAACGACGAAGAGGAGUUUUCGAUCACCUCCAGUAAGGCAGAGGAGUAAAUCUAUUGGGAUUGAUCAUCCGGCAAUGUUGGCGAAACAAAUUAGUUCUUCUGGAACAUCGAUUCAGAGUAAAAAGAGAUUUUCAGUUUUUGGGGGUCCGAAAGUGUCAAAGUGGACCAAAGUCAAGGCUGCUUUUAAGUGGGAGAGGGCUGGAACUGGUGACACGAUAGAUCCUGAGAUUAUGAGGUUUCUUAGAGUUCCGGAUAAUAAUGAUGCUUCCACAGGAUCAGGGUCCUUGUCAAGAACUGGGGACCAUUCUGGACCACCGAGUCCGGGGACUUUGUCUUCGUCCUCCUCGACGGAGGAUGUUUUCCAAGGUGCCCAUAAAAGGCCACAUUCUGGUCAACUGACUGUUCGGACGAAAGAGGACAUCACAAAAUAUGACGAUCCUUCUCGUCGAAGCCGAUCUCUUGAUGGUGACGUUUUAAUACCUCAUAACGCUGUAUUUUCCACUCACGUUUUAAAGGAUGGAACACGUGUCAGAAAAUUUGAAAAGGGCCACAGUAAAACACCAUGGGGAAAAGUUAAAGAUAUGAUUCAUUUGCGCCGAGAGAACAUUCGACGACAACCACCUCGUGGUAGCAUACGAAGUGAGGAUGGUUAUUCUAUUUCCAGCCUGGAAUCGUCGGAAAUUCUUCAAGAGCUGUUGCAAUUUGAAUAUGGAAAAGGACGUGUCCAAAUAACAACUUCAGAAUGUCCGACAGUCCUUUCUUCAAAACCUUCGAGUCCAGGCAGUGAAAUUGUGGACUUGGCUAGUAGAAGAUUGACUCCAACUUUGACGAUUACAGUCCCAUCAAGUGAAGAAUUAAGAAGCAUUUCUUCUCCGGAGUCCAUUUCACCCCUACCUUCUCAUUUUGUGGAUUCGGCAGAGGAAAGAUCCCCAUCUGAAGAAUUUGAAUUUUCGAAGAAUACUUCGAUCUUAGGACGUUCGAAAACUUGGCAAGAUGUCCCAUCAACGAUGGAAUUCAAAAGACAGAAUUUCCAAAAAGGGGAGUCUUCACAUAUUUCAAGACUCUCGAGACAAGAUUCCAAGUGGAACAAAGUGAAAAGAGCUUUCCUUACAAAUACAACAUCCGUUCCUCCAAGUCCUAGCAGAAUUUCUUCAUUCUUUGAUGAAACGGAUAUGGGAAGAAGUUACAGUGCCAGUGCCGAAGAUUUGGAAACCGAUAUAAGUUCCAGCGUCCAGGUAGAAAUUCAAAGAAAUUACCAACUUCUUCACGACAAAUUAAGUACCGAAUUUUAUCGGAAACUAGCCGAAUGGGAAAAAUUAAAAUCCACAUCCCCAACUGGUCUUCGUCAUUCACAUUCGUCCCAGGAAAGUAAUUCACGAAACAAAUCUUCCCCCCGAGAUAGAGAUUCUUCAAAUGCCUUACUUCUCAGUGAAGAGCAACUUACUCCCGAAUUUAAGAAAAAGCUAGAUGAAUGGAAAAGGAUAAAAAAGGGAAGUCCAGGAAUAACUACUCCGGACCAACAAGUUUUCAAAAGGAGACUCACUGAUUGGCAAAUUUGGCGAGCGCCUUCUAAAUCCGAAACGAAGCCAGAAGGAGAUUCAAGCAAGGCUCAUCUUUCAGACGAUUUUUUAAAGAAGAUGGAAGAGUGGAAAAAAAUUAAAGCUGCGAGAUUGGAGGAUGAUCAUGAAGUCCCUGGAAGAAAAAAUUCAAUUGUUACUCAUUCGAUUAGGAAUAGUAAAGUGUGGAAGGCAGUUGAUGAAAGAGAAUUUCAACCUUUGGGGAAGGUUCUCGGAAAAAUUGAGAAGCUUCAGUCAAAAGAAAAACCAAGGGACACCGUUCUGGAUAGAGAAGCUAGACUAUCGAUGCUGAAACGUCAAUCUGGUGGAUCAUCUCCUCGGAAAAAGGAGGUUUUGGUUCACACCUCCACGGGAUUUUUCCGAUUUGAAGGCAUAUCCCAAGAAUUCACAAGGAAGCUGUACGAAUGGGAAAAAAGUCAAGGGAUAUCGCCGGAGUCUUCUACUUUUAGAUUUUUAAAUCCUGCCUAUAGAAUAUCUGCAGGUACGACGCCCGCUGAACCUCCACGUGAAAAAGGGGUUCGUCCGAUUCUUAAGCGUUCAAAAUCAGUUGGCAGUAUUGUUGAAGGAAGCACACGAGAAGAAACUCCUAUUCGUCAACUUUCCAGUUUGUCUUUGAACGACGUAGAGAAAUUAGACGCUGAAGCAAAAUCGAGAGCGGAUUCAGAGCAAACGAUCGCAGAAGAAGAAAUUUCAGAGGAAAUCGCCAUGGACGAUUCCGAGCCAGAAGCGAUGAUUGUGGACAUUGAAGAUGUGAUUGAAGAAACUGCAUGUCCAAUGGCAAAAUUGCAACCGCAUCAGACACCUGUUUAUUGCGUGGCUGCGAGUGAAACAACAAGCAUUGCUAUUCCUUUGGGAACUGUAACUUCAAGUCACGAACCUUCUCCUGUAAUUUUGAUUGAAGCAGGAGAAGAUCAUCCCAUAAGUAACAGAGUUAUGAUGAAGAACCAAACACAUUCUUCUCAUUCCUCGAUUGCAUUUACGACCCAAGAAUCUUCUGCUAACGAGGAACGAGUUCUAACUAAAGAAUUCGUUGAAUCAAAACACUCAGAAACACAAUCGGUCGUUUUUAACAAAAUUAAAAGAAGCAGAACAAUUUUAAGGGGAAUCAACGAUCGGAAUGUCGACAAAAGUAAGAGGAACAAGUCAGAAAUGGACAAACUCAUAGGACAUCCCGGUAAUAAAAAAACUCUAGCGGCAGAAGAGUUGAAACUCCGAAGCACCAACUAUGGCUCCUCAGGAAACAAAGAUGCAGAUGCUGUGGUGGAAAUUCAAGAGUGCAAUUCUAGACGGAAGGAGUCUGUCUCUAUGGAAAGGAUUUCCUUUAAUGCAGAUGCCUCAACUUUGAGUGAGACUGAAAGAAGAUUGGUAAUCAAUUCCAAGAAAGAGCAACAGAGAGCGAAACUCAAUAGGAUUGUAGAUACUUGUCUGGAAACUUCACAAUCUUUGGAUGUUCUUCCUGUUAAAGAUUAUAUGAAUGCCGUCGUCGUAACAGACGUCAUGGAACCAGAAACACCAAAAGAAUCUCUGAAAAGAAUUCGCCUUUUCGACCAAGACGUUUAUCAAAAGCCCAAGAGUCCCGGAAAAAAAGAGUCACAAGAAAAAUCGCUAGCAGCAAUAGCAAAUGAUCUUGCUUCAGGUACAAAGGUUUUUGAAAAUGCCUUGAGAAGAUGUAGCGUUGAAGAAGAUGAAGUAGUCAUCACUGUUGACCGAGAUAUUAGACCAAAGAAGGUUUUAAAAACUCGACGAUUAACUGACACCCAAGUCGGAUAUAAAUGGAGAUCAAAAAUUGAAGAGACAGAUUCUUCCAUUGAUUCUAGUCCCCUCAUGGUCUCUGCAUUUCGGGAAACUCCAGAUGUUGAGAGGAUUAUAAUAAACGAAAGCACUCUCAAUAAAAUUGUAGUUCCUACUGCGAGUACUGAACCGAUGGUUCAAGAUUCAAAUUUGGAUAGAAGCACUAAUAACGAGAGAAUCAGUUCAGAUGUAGGAGAGACUUCUAGUAAAAAGGAAAAGCAAGAGUCCCGAAGUGUCUUCGUUAAAACGAAGCGAAUGAUCUUCUCACCUUUCAGGCGAAAUAGCAAGGACAAGGGAGUGGAAAGUCAAAAAGAGAAUGAAAAAGACUGCGAAGAGUUUAGUGAGAUGAAGAUUCCGUCAGAAGUUGUGAGUGGCUCUUCGGCAUUGGAAACACCUCCGGCUCAAUCUUGGGCUAAUUUGCAAAGAGCAAGAUCUAAUUCGGAAUCUCCUUGCUCCAGAGAGAGAAGAAGAGUAAUUGACUCCACGGAUCAAAGGCGACCGCCUUUGCCUCAAUCGCCGAUUCUGUCCAGGAAGGAAUAUCGAAGAACUUCACCGAAGGAAACGGCACCAAGCAUACGAAUGAUGAUUCAGAGAUACAACCAAAAACUCGAAGACGCAGGGAGUCCAGCGAGUAGUGGAAGUGGUUCGCCGAUUUGGAGGUCACCAGUAACCGAAAGAAGAGUGCGAACUCAGAUGGAAAAGUACCAGGAGGAAGUGCGAAAAGCAAUCGCUGGACCUAUUCGUGGAGACGUUCUGAAAAGUGCCAGCACAAGCUUAAUUCGCGACAAUAUAUCAACAUCAGCAUUAAAUUCCCCAGUACCAGAAAGAUCUAGGCGGAAUGAAAUCCUAAAAAGUACGAGUGCCGAUUUUAUCAAAAACAGACAUUUUUCCACAGCCCUCAGUCUCAAAAUCGACGAAGAGGGAAACGAAAUUACUCAUCUAAAAAAAGAGAAAUCUAAAGAAAACAUCUCACCAGAUUUGAUUCACAAACUCGCUGCCCUGUCAUCAGCAGCAGCACAAAAGGAAAAAAAUUCUCCUACUUCUUUCAGAACUUCUGGAUCAGAUCUUCUGCUUUCGAGAUCAUCAACUAUAAAUUUAAUAGAUGAUUCUCAAGCCGAAGAAAGUGAUGAUUCAUCGCCUUCGAAACUUCGAGCUUUGAGACUCCAGAGAGCAAAAGAAGAUUUUUUAUCAAGAGGUCCAUCCUGCUAUUCUCAUGAUCCAUCCAAUGCCAGUAGACAGGAUGAAAUCGUUUUCGAUUUCGAAACAGAAUCCAUUGAUUUUGAAGACAGACCCGAUUUGAUCAAAUCUGCUAGUGCUGGAAUGAUACAUGUUGAUCCACGUACUUUUGAAAGACUCGCUUCGAAUCGUGCCUGCGACUCACUUCCAAGAUCUGCCAAAAAACCCAGCGACGUUUCCAGUCGUCUUAGCCAGAUAGCUAACAAAUUUCGAAGAGCGAGACUUAAACGGGCGAAAGAAAAAGAAAGCAAAUUGAGUACAGUAUCGAUGCUUUGCAGGCAAAGUCUUCUGGUUGAUAUUCAACCUGAAGGAGCUUCCAAAAGUUGCCCAACUUCCCCAUCGCCUCUAAGAGAAGAUGAUGACUGCAACCGGUUUAAAAAACAUCGCGAAAGUAAUUAAAAUUAGACUAUAUGUGAGACUUUUAUAAAUCCUUAAAGAAAUAUGUAGAGUAAAAACUAAGUUUUCAGAAGGAAACAUUUCAAAAUGAAUUCUAUACAUUUUUAUUUUUGAAAAUAAUUCGUAAUCCAUUAAAUCUGAAAACAGGUAAAUAAGCCAAAGACUUUAAAUAGAAAAUUUUUAAAACAUUUUUUUCAUAUAGGUAGAAAACUAAUUUAAGUGUAAGGAAGAUUAAAAGCGAUUGUAACAAAUGCAGAGUUUUAUUCUAGUUUAGAAAAUGCAUUUUUUUACGAUUUUCUAAUACCAGAACUUGAUGUCAAUGUCUAGUCAGUUGUCUCGU